UUGUUUGUAGAAAAUUCAAGAAGGUAUGCGGUUUUCGAAGGUAAACAUUUUGAUGUUACCAAAGAAGAAAUUCGCCUCGUUUUAGCAAUACUUUUGCUAAGUGGAUAUAACGUUCAAGCAAGGAACCGCAUGUACUGGGAUACUGGAAUCGAUACCUAUCACCCUGGCGUAGCUAAUGCAAUAUCUCGAUCUCGAUUUGAACAAAUACUUCGAUUUAUGCAUGUUUCUGAUAAUGCAGCUUUAGAUGUCCAGGACAAGUUCACAAAAGUGCGACCUUUAUGGGAGAAACUAAACGAAAAAUGGAUGAAGUAUUGGCCUCAGUAUAACGAAGUUAGCAUCGACGAAUCAAUGAUUCCGUACUACGGCCAUCAUAGUACAAAACAGCACAUUCAUGGAAAACCCAUUCGUUUCGGAUUCAAGUGCUGGUGCAUGUCUACACGGCUGGGAUAUCUUAUACAAGCCAUACCUUAUCAAGGGGCUAGCACAGGCAACACUAAUCCCGAUUUAGGAACAAUACGGGCCAAUAGGGUCGAAAAUGCGCCCUUGGAAUCAAUCGCUGACAUCAAGAAAAAACAGCGUGGGAGCUAUGAUCAAAUCAUCGAUGAAACAUCAGGCGUGUCUCUAGUGCGAUACAACGACAAUAACGUUGUUACCGUAGCUUCUACCUGUGAAGGUGUUUCUCCAGUUGGAUCCGCACAGCGAUGGUCAAGUGCUGAAAGAAAAAAAAUCUCGAUUCAACAGCCCUUUUGUGUUCAAAUGUAUAAUCAAUAUAUGGGCGGAGUAGAUCGUCUAGAUCAAAACAUAGGCUGCUACCGCAUUAGCAUAAAUAAAAAAAAAUGGUAUUGGCAACUUCUGAUGUGGCCCUUGAACGCUUCAAUGAAUAACGCUUUUCAGUUGUACAGGCUCUCACCAGCUGGGCAAGAGAAGGGGCAUCUUGAUUUCCUAGCCUUUAUCAGGUCUGUGGUUACAACUUAUCUACGAAGAUAUGCGUCGGCUCGCUCUUUAGGCCGUCCUAUGAAGCCGUCUAGGAAAAGGAGGGUGCCAGACGAUGUACGUCUAGAUGGGGCUGACCAUUUAAUUAUUUCUAGUGCAACUCAGAUACGUUGUGCCGAAUGCCAUAAAAAUACUACUAAAAAAUGCCGAAAAUGUGAUGUCGGCUGUCAUACUAAUUGUUUUGAAAUUUUCCACUCCUAA